AUCGUAGCUGAAAAAAAGUGCACAUUAGCGUAUACGGAAGGGGGAGUGUUUAUAUGCAUCGCGCAGCUGUAGUCGGCGCACAUUUAUCAAGUCGCUCGUGGCUGCAGCUUUUACGUUUGUAUAUAGUUGUACAUUUGAUAGCUAUAGUUAUAUAUAGGACAAUAGUCGGUUGUCGCACACACUCUCGCGACUCGCGAACACAUUGACACACAGCAGCUGCUCGUAAGGAGGUAUUUAAAUGAUCAUCGCGACUCGCAUGCGGAAGAAGGCGGGCAGUUUUCAUACGCGAGACUUGCCAGUCGUCAGUCCAUCAGCUUCUAUACUUCUUCCUCAUGUGAUGCAAUUGGCAAGCAGCAACAUUAACAACCGAUCACGUCGCUGUAUAUACCGAAGUAAUUUCGUAAUUGGUCAUCGACGUGUAGCUAUUUUAUAAGAGAAAUCGCCAUCGUGUCUUCGCGCUCCUUUGCCUCGCUUUUUUAUAUGACACUAAGCACGAGCAAUGGCAUCUACUGCAAACGACGACUCCACAACUUCUGCAAAUUCUCUGCGGUUUCAAGGCAAUAUAAUUCGAGAGUCGCAAGCUGUGCUGAGACUGGACGUCGAAAGACCCGUACUAGAUGAGGAGCAAUUACGGCAAUUGUAUCAAUACGAAAAACCAUCGAAUUCUGUGUUGAACAAUCUUCAAACGUCAUUUAGAUCUAUCAAGUGUAAAUCAUGUAUUGAAAAUGUUGUGCCUGCCACAAAGUGGCUUAGAAAGUAUGAGUGGAAGAGAGAUUUUUUAUAUGAUGUUAUAUCUGGUCUUACUGUUGCAAUAAUGCACAUACCACAAGGUAUGGCAUAUGCACUUUUAGGAAAUUUGACUCCAGUUAUUGGUAUAUAUAUGGCAUUUUUUCCUGUCCUUGUAUAUGUAUUACUUGGAACUUCUAAACAUGUUUCAAUGGGUACAUUUGCUGUAGUAUGUCUGAUGACUGGUAGAGCUGUUUCAUCUUAUUCAACAUCCCUAGAAAAUAAUGACAAAUUUAAUUUGACAAAUUAUGACCAGUCAAUAGAAUCAUUACCCAAUGCAGAAAUUUAUACUCCACUACAAGUUGCUACCACUGUAACAUUUGCAGUAGGGAUCAUUCAGUUAUUGAUGUAUGUCUUUAGACUAGGAAUAAUAAGUACUUUAUUAAGUGAAACAUUUGUCAAUGGUUUUACUACUGGGGCUGCAAUUCAAGUUUUAUUAUCUCAAGUAUUUGAUUUAAUAGGAUUGAAUUCAGUAAAACCAAGAGGACAUUUUAAAUUGAUUAAGACUGUAGCUGUUAUUUGUACUGACAUUCCAAAUGCAAAUUCUGCAGCUGUGAUAAUUUCUACAAUAACUAGUGGACUAUUAAUGUUUAGUAAUGAAUUUUUAAAGCCUUGGAUUGGAAAAAGAUGUAGAGUUCCUAUUCCUAUGGAAUUAAUAGCAGUCAUUGCUGGUACAAUGAUCUCUCGAUAUGCAAAUUUACCAAAUAAGUACAGUAUUAAAACUGUCGGAAAUAUACCAACAGGAAUACCUGAACCACAAUUGCCAGCUUUCUCACUAUUGCCCACGGUUGCUUUGGAGAGUGUUGGAAUAACUAUGGUCUCUUACACAGUCACAAUGUCUAUGAGCCUAAUUUUUGCCAAAAAACUGCAUUAUCAAGUUGAUUCGAAUCAAGAGCUGUUUGCCAUGGGCAGUAGCAAUAUAAUGGGUGCUUUUUUCUCGUGCAUGCCAGUGUCGGCGUCGCUCAGUAGAUCUUUAAUUCAGCAAACGGUUGGUGGAAAAACACAAUUGGCCAGCAUUGUCUCGUGCUUCAUACUCUUGAUCAUUCUCUUAUGGAUUGGACCAUUUUUUGAACCACUUCCAAGAUGCGUCUUAGCGUCAAUCAUUGUUGUAGCUUUAAAGGGAAUGCUAGUGCAAGCCAAAGAAUUUUUAAAUUUUUUCAAAAUAAGUAAAAUCGACGGUUGCGUCUGGAUGGUUACCUUUUUAACAACUUCUUUAGUGAGCAUUGACGUAGGUUUAGUUAGUGGCUUGUUAGCAUCAAUUGUCAGUAUUUUGUUUCAAAGUGUGAGGCCUUACAGCUGUUUGCUCGGACACGUGCCUAAUACUGAAUUGUAUUUGGAUACAAGUCGUUACUUGGGCGUUGGUGAAAUUUUUGGCAUCAAGAUAUAUCACUAUGCUGGAUCUUUGAAUUUCGUGAAUAGCCGGCAUCUGGGACCGGAUAUUUAUCGAAAAAUCGGCGUCGAGCCCUCUAGUGUCCUUAAGUAUCGAGCAAAACUCGCCAAAAGGAGCAAUGGAAAUUACACAAGCAGCGACGAUUACGAAAAUCAGAGCAGCAGUAUUCGCUGCAUUAUUAUCGAUAUGUCAGCAGUUACACAUUUGGAUUCCGCCGGAGUGUCGGCUCUGCGUGAAAUUCGCGACGACUACGCACAGUUAGAAAUACCCGUUUACAUAUCCGCUUGCUCGCCACUUGUUUACGAUGUCAUUUACAAAUGCGAAGUUUUGAAAACGAAAGACAUGAGCUUCGUGAUUUUCGCCACUGUUCACGACGCCGUAUUUUAUGCGCAACGCGAGCUUGUUACUAAAGUUAGUAGAUGAUUAUUGUUAAUUUUUAUCGCGCCUAAUUGCAGAGACUUCGACGAGUGGUUAUCGCAAGUAAAUGUAAAAAGCAUCCUUUUAUCAUGUGUUCCAUAUUCUGCAACGAACGAACAUCUCCACGAUUGACCGAUACACUGUGAUAUAACGCAUACAUAUUGUAACGAAUAUUACAAUAUAUACAUAUAAACGUUGAUUCGUUUUCGCUCGCAGGCAAAAGCGACAAUUGUCGUUCGUGCGUAAAAAAGAUUGUUUCGAUUGACGCGACUUAUAAUGAAUUCUCUGACUAAGAAGUCGCCUCAAUCAGUAUAUCAUAUAGAGUCUUCAUUUAAAAUGAACUUUUUUUCUUUGCCCUGCGUACGCAUCUUUUUUUAUUAUUCAAAGACAAACUUUGAAUCUCUUGCAUAAGACAUGCAAAUCUUUGAUCUCAUCAACAAAUCAUCUUUUUGAUCAAAGUGAAAAAUGGAACCUAUUUAAAAUCGUCUAUUUUUUCAUGGUGUGUUGUAAAAAGUAUGUUCGGUAUUUUUAUAAAUGUUUUAAAAAUUGUAAAUAAUGUUGUCCUUAUUUUUGACAGACCUGCUGUCAAAAAUAAUAUUUUGACCGAUUCAAAUCAAAUACUUAAAAAUGUUACUUAUGUCGUGACACAUAUUUUUAUAAAGGAAACUUAUUUUUGUGUAUGCAUAAUAUAUUUUGUAAUAAUAAAUUGCGUAUAUUGUAUUGAAAGAAAGACAAUAUUAUUUUUAUGAAACACAACGCAUAUGUAUUUUUAUUAAUAUUGAUCGUUGGAUAGAACGAUUCGUCUAUUACAUUCGUCCAUUAAUUCUACAAAGACUUGAACAUGUCAGAUUCGAAACCUAUUGUAUGUCCAAGCUCAACAAAUAUAUCGACAGAGGAAAAAGGCAAAUAUCGCUUUGAUAGACUACAGCGUAUCAAUACAUAAUGCGCUCAUCGCAAAACUGCUAAUAUAUUUAUAUAUUUAAUUUUUCAUAAUAUUUAUUUUUAUAUAUAUA